AUGGCGUUGAGUGGAAAUACAAACCUUAUAUUGGGAGCUGCGCAUUAUCAUAACCCUCAGCCUCAUUCAACGUUUCAUCAUCAAACGUCCAUACCUGAAACACCUAAUCUUCACGCAAUCAAUCGUCUAGCCGUGUCCGAUCAGUCAUUUGAUGAUACACUUUCUUUAACGUCUCCAUGUACAUCAUCAUCGUAUCCGUAUCUCGAUCAGUUCGCCUUACGCAAUGCCUCAGUUUUCGCGAUUUCAACAUCGGAUUAUAAAGAUCAAAAACUGUUCACUAGUUUGAGUCGAUUGAAUAUGAUUUCUUCAAAUCCAAAUGUACGCUCAUCCAAAAUUCAAACACCCGACGAUACAAACAAUAAGUCAUCAGAUGAAAAUACCAGAUCUACGUACGUCUCCAAUAUGACAACCAUGAUUCCAACGGAUAUUACACAAAAACAACUUCCAAUCGAAAUUCGUGCUCGCUGUAUUUUCCUACGCGUGGGUGAAAUCGAUACACUCAAUGAGCGAUUCACCAGUGAGAUCUUCUUCGAAGCCUCGUGGUAUACGCGAGAUCACAAACAUGGAUCUAAAUCUGACUCUCAUCCAGGUCAUUUCAAUCCACAAUUAGUUGUCCUCAAUCAUAUGGGAGAUUCAUUGAGACACGAAAAAUGGUAUUCAACUAAUGCGACAGCAGAAAACGGCCUGUUAGAAGUGACUGAACAUCACAAAUUCAAAGGUGUUUUUUGGGAGCGAAUGGAAUUAAAUCAUUUUCCAUACGAUGUCCAAGAAUUGUCAAUAUCGUUAACAACACCGUUGACUGUAAAUGAUAUCUACUUUGUCGAGAAUAAACAAAAACCUUCCGGUGUGAAUCGAACUGUAUUCAGUGAUCAACAAUCGUGGCAUUUGUACGAACAUGUCGAGUUCCAAUUCGAACAAUACCGAGAAGAAUAUUCUUUGAAUUACGAUCAAAUACAUCCAGUUCUUGUUUGCACCUGCCAUGUUGGAAGAAAAUGUGGUUAUUAUAUUUGGAAUGCAUAUUUUCUCAUAUUUCUUAUUACAUCCGCGGCCCUCUCAACAUUUGCUAUUCCACCAUCAAACUCACACGGACGCUUACAGAUUACUUGUACUCUUCUUCUCACAUCUGUUACUUUUCGCUGGGUUGUCAACAAAUCUCUGCCAACAAUAUCCUAUCUCACAGCAUUAGACGUUUACGCAAUCGCGUCAAUCGUAGCUUUGUGUAUAAUCAAUGUAUUUCAUGGCGUUGUUAGUUAUAUCUAUUAUAAUCAAAUUUAUGUAGCCGCUUAUUUAACACCCGCUGCAACCAAUGCACUUCAUCUGUCUCUUUAUCCGGAAUACUCUCUUUGUCGUUUAGAUCGAAUCGGUUUUUAUGUCUUGUCAGGUGCAUUCUGUCUGUAUCAAAUUUUUAUCUUAUUAUGGACUUUUUGGAAGCCAUAUAAACGGCGUCGAGCAAUGAAACGAAAAGACGAGAAAAAUCGAGAAGAUUUUUUGAAUAAACUCGGUAAUGGCGAAUCAUCCAGUGGCAAAUGA